CCCCUCCCCUCCAGCAUGGUGCUCGCGGCCCCGCUGCUGCUGGGCUUCCUGCUCCUCGCCCUGGAGCUGCGGCCCCGGGGGGAGGCGGCCGAGGGCCCCGCGGCGGCGGCGGCGGCGGCGGCGGCGGCGGCGGGGGCCGGGGGGGAGCGCUCGAGCCGGCCGGCCCCGUCCGUGGCGCCCGAGCCCGACGGCUGCCCCGUGUGCGUGUGGCGGCAGCACAGCCGCGAGCUGCGCCUGGAGAGCAUCAAGUCGCAGAUCUUGAGCAAACUGCGGCUCAAGGAGGCGCCCAACAUCAGCCGCGAGGUGGUGAAGCAGCUGCUGCCCAAGGCGCCGCCGCUGCAGCAGAUCCUGGACCUGCACGACUUCCAGGGCGACGCUCUGCAGCCCGAGGACUUCCUGGAGGAGGACGAGUACCACGCCACCACCGAGACUGUCAUUAGCAUGGCCCAGGAGACCGACCCUGCGGUGCAGACAGAUGGCAGCCCUCUCUGCUGCCAUUUCCACUUCAGCCCCAAGGUGAUGUUCACAAAGGUACUGAAGGCCCAGCUGUGGGUUUAUCUCCGGCCUGUGCCCCGUCCAGCCACAGUCUACCUGCAGAUCUUGCGACUGAAACCCCUAACUGGGGAAGGGACCGCAGGGGGAGGGGGCGGAGGCCGGCGUCACAUCCGUAUCCGCUCGCUCAAAAUUGACCUGCACUCACGCUCCGGCCACUGGCAAAGCAUCGACUUCAAGCAAGUACUACAUAGCUGGUUCCGCCAGCCACAGAGCAACUGGGGCAUCGAGAUCAACGCCUUUGAUCCCAGUGGCACAGACCUGGCUGUCACCUCCCUGGGGCCGGGAGCCGAGGGGCUGCAUCCUUUCAUGGAGCUUCGAGUCCUAGAGAACACAAAACGGUCCCGGCGGAACCUGGGCCUGGACUGCGAUGAGCACUCAAGUGAGUCCCGCUGCUGCCGAUACCCCCUCACUGUGGACUUUGAGGCUUUUGGCUGGGACUGGAUCAUCGCACCUAAACGCUACAAGGCCAACUACUGCUCCGGCCAGUGCGAGUACAUGUUCAUGCAAAAGUAUCCGCACACCCACUUGGUGCAACAGGCUAACCCAAGAGGCUCUGCUGGGCCCUGCUGUACCCCCACCAAGAUGUCCCCGAUCAACAUGCUCUACUUCAAUGACAAGCAGCAGAUUAUCUACGGCAAGAUCCCUGGCAUGGUGGUGGACCGCUGUGGCUGCUCCUAAGGGUUGCUCCCGUGUGGGAAGAAUAGUGCUGGAAUCUGAAACGCCCUUAUUUGCUAUCAAGUGAAAACUCUUCAAAACACACCACUUGCAUCCAAAAUCAGAAGAGAAACCUGUCCUCACUGACUAAACACAGGCACUGGAUAUUCAGAUUGAUCCAUGUACUUCACUUCCCUCAUUCUCCCACUCAAGACUUAAAGAGCAAGCCAACUAACUGACCGACGCCAAUAACUUCAGCAUACAUGAUCCUCACUCCUAUCUCCCAAUAACUGCCUUGUUUUUCUUUUCAGAAGUUUGGUGAUAAAAACAAGAAAGAGAACUGUGUAAAAGAGGAGAGAGGUCAUAUAAGAAGCACAGGGCAGGGCUUCCCUGGUGGCGCAGUGGUUGAGAGUCCGCCUGCCCAUGCAGGGGACAUGGGUUCGUGCCCCGGUCCAGGAAGAUCCCACAUGCCGCGGAGCAGCCGGGCCCGUGAGCCAUGGCUGCUGAGCCUGCGCGUCCGAAGCCUGUGCUCCGCAACGGGAGAGGCCGCAACAGUGAGAGGCCGGCGUACCGCAAAAAAAAAAAAACAAAAAACUACUAAAGAAGCACAGGGCAGAAAGCAUGAUAUAUAUUUAAUAAAGCCAAAUGCCCCCAUGAAUCACUAUCACUGUAUUUUCCAUCAUGGAAUAAGAUAGUUCCUAACUGAACCUUUCAGAAGACAUCUUCAACUUUUCAAAAUUCACUUUUCUUCUUGUUUCCCUUUCACAUUUGGCACAUCCUUGGACAAUAUAAAGAAAAUGAUACCUGCUGAAAGAAAAGACGGAGACAUUCCAGGUUGCCCCAAGAUACAAAUUACAUGUGUGAAAGUGCUUAGUACAUAGGAACUAUCAUAUAAGUAUUCAAUAAAUGUUAGCCAUUAUUUCUAUUGCUUCAUUCUGGUCCUUGAAACAAAGUCUGAGACCACCAACAGAAUUUUGAAACUAACAAUGCCAUUCAUUCUUCUUCUACACUACAAGUGAAGUCAUCAAAAGUUGUCAAGAAGCAGACAUUACCAAGGCAACAAGGAAAUUCCCUUCAGUUGCAAGGCAAAUGAUAUUUGGAAAGAGGAUCAGAUUUAAGGUUAAAGUGUAGCACAAUAGUAACUCAGCAAAACCACAGUCUUCUCCAUCAGGUACUAUUAACCACCUUCUCUUUCUGGGACCCUAAAAAAAAAAACUAUGCUGUCAGGCUUUAACUGAUAUCAACAUCCCUAAUAACAAUUAAUGACUACAAAAACAGAUAUCUAUAUAAGGUAAUGUCCAAGGGAACUGAGCAAGGAUCCGACCUCUAACUCUGUAGAUCAAAUUCCAGGUACUCUAAAGGCCCCUGAGGAAUUGGCUUCACUGAAUUACACAACAUCAGCUUCUAUCAACACUGUCAAUAACACUGAAACCAUAAAAUUAAACCAUUCAUCCACUAGUCAUUCAAAUAACCACUGAGAGCCUACUUUGGGUCAGGCACUGUUUUCUGGCAUUGGGAAUAGAGAGAUGAAUAAGACAAAAAUCUUUAACCUCACAGGGCUUAUGAAUUCACAACUGAAUGACUAUAAAGAUGUGUGCCAUUGUUCAUUACAUUACUGCAUAUUGAGGACUCAUGGGGAAAUUUUCUUUCUGAUUCCCAGACCCCAAAUAAUUAUGCUUUUGCUGAACAACUUGUUAGUUUUACCUUUUGAAAAUCACUGUAAACAGUACAAUUGUGUUUUCCUGU